CGCUUGCUUCUCGGCGUGCGCGAUAAUAACAACUCUCGCGCCCUCGCCUCGCCUCGCCGCCUUUUCUUCGCCAUCUUUUUCGAUUUCAUCAGCGACGGCUGCGGCGGUGGUUGGUCUCGUCGAAUCCUCUCCACCGGAGCAUCACCUCGAUCGGCUCGAAGGUGAAGAUGACGGUGGCAUAUCUGAAGGAGAUGCCGUCCACACCAUCAAUACCAAGCUGUACGAGUGGGAUGCGAUCCGUAGCCGCUCGGUUGCUCGGUGCUGGGACUGGAACCCGUCCACUCAGCUUUGUGGGGAGCAAUGGUGUCGGUGGCCGGUCUGCCUCGGGGAGCUGCCAUGCCGGUCAAUCGCGAGCUUUGGUGAACUAUGAUGAUGACAGGGGCACCUACAUCAUCUUCAACAUUGCCGACUCACUGUUCAUCAGAGAUCUCAACUAUCGUCGUCCGGUAAAGCGCAUUUGCUUCAGUGAUAUGAAACCACUUUGUCAUGCAUUUGACUCGGAGGCCAAGGAUGGACAUGACCUUAUCGUUGGGUUCUUGUCAGGAGAAGUCUAUUCAAUGUCAUUGAGGCAGCAGUUGAAGGAACCUGGUCCUGAGCCCAUUGCACUUCAACACUUCUUCAACACCAACAGCCGGUGUACUGGUGUUGCAUGGGUACCUGGGCAUGAAGGAUUUUUUGUUGUCAGCAAUGCUGAUGGAAAUUUGUUUGUGUAUGACAAAUCCAAGGAUGUAAAUACUGAUUGGACAUUUCCAACUGUAGAGGAUCAAAGUGAGAUGAAGAUUUCAUAUGCAAAGUCUAGUAAGAGCAAUCCAGUUGCAAGAUGGCACAUCUGUCAAGGUGCAAUCAAUGCCAUUUCCUUUUCGCCAGAUGGAACUUACUUGGCAACCAUUGGACGAGACGGUUAUUUACGAGUGUUUGACUUUGCAAAGGAGCAACUAAUAUUUGGUGGGAAAAGUUAUUUUGGGGCUCUAUUGUGUUGCUCUUGGAGCACGGAUGGUAAAUAUCUAUUAUCAGGCGGUGAAGAUGAUCUUGUGCAAGUGUGGAGCAUGCAUGACAGAAAGAUGGUUGCAUGGGGAGAGGGGCAUAAGUCAUGGGUUAGCGCAGUUGCAUUUGAUUCGUACUGGUCCCCACCAAAACCGUAUGAAAGAAAACAAAAUAGCAUGCAUCGCUUCGCUUCACCAAAAUCGGAUGAAGCAGAAGAAGAUCCCAUAUAUUCCUUCGCUUCACCAAAAUCAGAUGAAACAAAAGAAAAUACCAAUAUCAUGUAUCGCUUCGCUUCUAUUGGUCAGGAUGCCCAGCUGCUUCUCUGGGAUCUAACUAAGGAUGAGCUUAAUGUGUCACUAACCCAUGCUUCCAGCUGCUCAGAAUCAUCUAGCAGUGGAAGCUGCUCAGCGUCAUCUAGCAGUGGAAGCUCUUCUACAGAAGACAGGGACAAAGAAUUCCCCCUUGGCUUCCUUCACCCUUCUCCACGGCUGCAAGAAGUACCAAAGCUCUCACCUGAGGUUGCUCAUCUGGUCGGCGUGGAACCCCUCUUCACACUGGAAUUCACCAGCGAAUCGGUUAUCACCGUAUGUCGCAGGGGGCGAAUCACCACCAGGCCAAGAGAAGAAAUCGACAAUGAAACUGAAACCGACCAGCAGCAUCCUGGUUCUUCCAAGCUGGUCAUAGGCAAUGGCACGGGAAACUAUUCUAAUCCUUCGAGGGGAUGUUCCCUCGUUUGCUCAAAAACCAUCUAAAUGGUUAUGAAAAAUUUGACAACAUUCAUACAACACAUAUAUACAACUUCACAAAA